UCCAGGACACCUACAACACCCGAUGUCACAGGAAGGCAAAAAAGGGGGUGUAAUAGCCUACAUCAGCUCCUCUAGCCCUGAGUCAUGUCAUAGUGACUCAAAUGACUGCAGCUACAACUCCUCCCACAGCUGUCGCCAGGGCAACGUAGUGAACAAGCCCCUAAACAUGGCAGGCCUCACCCUCCCGCUGGCCCACACUAUCGCAAAGACCGGACGCUCGACCUCCACUGCAAAAUGCGACAUUACUAAAAUCAACGGCCUGGUGCUGCUGUGUAAGGUGUGCGGAGACAUUGCAUCUGGAUUCCACUAUGGGGUUCAUGCCUGUGAGGGCUGCAAGGGUUUCUUCCGUCGGAGCAUCCAGCAGAACAUCCAGUAUAAGAAGUGCCUGAAGAACGAGAGCUGUGCCAUCAUGAGGAUCAACAGGAACCGCUGCCAGCAGUGUCGCUUCAAGAAGUGUCUGCUGGUCGGCAUGUCCAAGGACUCUGUGCGUUUCGGCCGCAUCCCAAAACGUGAGAAGCAGCGCAUGCUGCUAGAGAUGCAGAGUGCCGUGAACAACAUGAUGAACAACAGCCAGCUACACAGCCAGUUCCACUGCAACACACCCUUCCCCCUGGCCAAUCAGCUUCAGUCGCCAGCCUGCCCCGUGGAGCCCCGCCCCCAAUAUGUUGAUUCUGGCCUAGGCUCCGUACCCUCCUCCACCUCUCCCGCCACUUCCCCCGGGUCCAACCAAUCUGAGGAGACCAGCUCUGACCGCGACCCUGCGGUCGCCAAGAAUAAAAGCCCCAGCCCUAACUCCGUGUCUCCGUCGAGUGCUUCAGACUGUGGGUCAGAGGAGGUGAUUGGCUCGGUGACCCGGGUCCACCAGGAGACCUUCAUGUACAACCAGGAGCAAGGUAGACCCUCCCCCCAGUCCCAGGCCUACGCCCAGCUGACCUCCCCGGGGGCGGAGCAACAUGUCAGUGACACUGGAAAGAGGAUAGACGAGAGGAACCGGAACCAGCAGGAGGCCGGGGACCAGCAGAUUAAGAACCAGAACCACCAAAAUGACCUGGCCUCAUUCACAGCCACUCAGGCCCAUUACCAGGCUCAGGAGAGGCCCACCAACACUGGGCCUCAGGGCCCUGACAGCCACCAUCGCCAGGAGGACCACUGCCCCUACAGCAGAGGCAGACUGCCCACCAGCUCCCCUAGUGGCCACUGCCCAUACUACGCCCACCAUGGCCUGAGAGGAGGCAACAACAGCACUAGCCAGGCCACCUCCAAUUCCCAUGGAGGAUUCAGUGAACUACUGUGGAACAUGGGCAACAGGAUGCAUCUGCUGUGUCCCAUGAACACGUCUCCCCAUGUGAACCCCCAUAAGUCAGGCCAUGGGAUCUGGGAGGAGUUCAGCCACAGUUUCACCCCAGCUGUCAGGGAGGUGGUGGAAUUUGCCAAGCGGAUCCCAGGCUUCAGAGACCUCUCCCAACAUGACCAGGUCAGCCUGCUCAAGGCUGGUACCUUUGAGGUGCUAGUGGUGCGCUUUGCGUCCCUGUUUGACGUGAAAGACCGCACAGUGACGUUUCUGGGUGGUAACAAGUACAGCGUGGAGACGUUACAAGCCAUGGGCGCCGGCGACUUCCUGACCUCCAUGAUGGACUUCAGCGACAAGCUGAUGGGGCUCGGCCUCAGCGAGGAGGAAAUGAGCCUGUUCACCGCUGUCGUCCUCAUCUCUGCCGAUCGCUCAGGGAUUGAGAACGUAAACUCUGUGGAGGCUCUUCAGGAGACUCUGAUCCGGCACCUGAGGGGCCUCAUCACUAAGAACCACCCUAACGAGUCGGGCAUAUUCACCAAGCUGCUCCUCAGACUGCCCGACCUCCGCUCCCUCAAUAACAUGCACUCUGAGCAGCUGCUGGCCUUCAAGGUCCAUCCCUAGACCAGAACUAAGGUCAGAACCUGGGGUGUAUUCAUUAGGCACCAAAUGGAAGAACAUUUACUGAAAUGAGGAGGUAAUACCUGAACUUGUCCAAUAAGAAAUGCUUGUCGUUGUCGUCCCACCCCCCAUUGCAAAACCUUUAGCUAAGGUGUACCAUAAUGAAUAUGACCAUGGACACUGGGCCUGAGGCCUGUGGCUGUGGACCACAAAGCCCAUUUAUCCACCCACUCUGACACACCUCGACCAGCUACCCCAAUGAACUAUGAACCCUGACCUCCCAAGAGAACCCUCUUAUUCUGCCACUCACUUCACGUGAUCUUUUUCCUUCACAAACAAGUUGAACUAGUGGGCAAAUGUGUAACGGUUACAGGGGAGGGGAAAGGCUUAAGACUUAAAAGUUAUCGUACUGUGAAGCUAAAAUGUCUUUAUUGUUGAAGUAAUAACCAUGAACGCAAACGUUCAGACGCAAGCAGAAGAGAUGUAAUAUUUCUUUGUCUUGUUUCUGUGUGUGCAGGACACGUUUGCGACUGUACAACCCUUCUUAGAGAAUAACCUUUUAACAUUGUGUAGAUGUGCAAUAUGAUAUGUGACUGACUAUUUAGACUUUUUGUUUAGCUUUUCUACAGCAGGCUCCCCAAUCCUGUUCCCGAAGAGCUAACAUCCUGUAGGUUAACUCCACCGCUGUUCCCGGAGAGAUACCCUCCUGUAGGUUUUUAUUUUUUUAUUAAUUGAACCUUUAUUUAACUAGUCAAGUCAGUUAAGAACAAAUUCUUAUUUACAAUGGCGGCC